AUGAAAAGGAUACGGCCGACACAUAAUCGGACAUCCGAACAUGAACAGCCUAAUUCCCAUCAGUUUCAAUUCACUAUUGAAGAAGCAAAUGAGGCUGAUAAUCAGACUACAACCGAAUUCGAAGUGCCACCAUCAAAUGAUAGUUUGCAGCAACAAAACUUAACGUCAGAACAAUUACAACAAUUAUUCAAUCGAGCUAGUUCUCAUUUGGUUACGGAAACUUCGGAAGAACACAAGUUUUUUAAACGUGAAGCAACAAUCGAAGUGCCGAAAACAGGUGAAGUUAUACAAACACCAUUUCCACCUAUUCCACCAGAUCGUAAAGAAGAAUUAGAUAUUGAUAUUGAACAAUUGAAACAAGUAGCAGGUCCGUUGAGUAUAGAACGAUAUUCUCCUAAUGAACAAGAAAUUAAUUAUGUAUUAUCAACAAUAACAAUAACAUUUAACCAACCAAUGAUUGCUGUUUCGUCAUUGAAUGAAGUAAUGAAUAUAGAAGAUUUAGAUAUUGCGUUAACACCAAAAGUAGAAGGUCAAUGGAGAUGGAUAGGAACAAAAACAUGUCAAUUUGAGGCGAAACAUCGUUUACCAUAUUCAACAAAGUACGCAUUAAAAGUCAACAAAGAACAUUGUGUAUCGGCAAUAGGAGGUAAAUUAGAUGAAGGUUUUUUCUUUGAGUUUGCAACAACAACGCCUAAAGUUAUUGAGUUUUUACCAAAUGGAACAGUUUCAACCUUAAAACCUAAAUGCUUUCUAUUAUUUGAUCAAAAAAUUCAUAUACAUGAAAUUUUGGAACAUUUAUACGAAAAAACAGCAAAAAGUGAAUUUGAAUCGUCUAUAAAUGAUAAUGAAGGAAAUCAUGAAAAAUAUGUUGCAUUUACAUUUAAACAUGAUUUAUUAAAAGCAACACAAUAUACUAUCCAAAUGCCUAGUGGCUGUCCAUCAGCUGAAGGUCCACUAAAGACAUCAUCAGGAUGGUCAGCUAGUUUUCAUACUUAUGAAUCAUUAAGAGUAACUGACUGGUAUCCAAAUAUGACGAAUACACUGACUGUUAAUCCUGGUAAUAGUUGGUCAUUAACAUUCAAUAAUUCAUUAGAUCAUUCAACAAUUAAUAAAUCAUUAUUUAAAUUUGAGCCAGAAGUCAAUGGUUUAAGUAUUGAACAUACGAAAGAUAAUGACCGACAAAUAAUAAUACAUAAUAAUUCUCAACCAAAUACUGUUUAUACACUGUUUGUACAAUCAGAAGUAUUGAAAGAUAUUUAUAGUCAAAAAUUAGAACGUAAUAAUUCAGAUGAUUCAAUUCAAUUUCAUGUACAUGAUUCACCACCAUUAAUUGGACAUAUAUCAGGCGCAACAGGUAUGAUUGUAAUGGAUCCAGGUGUAUUAGAUGAUCCAUUUUAUCCAUUUAUGGUUUAUAAUUAUUCAGAAUUGAUAAUUCAAAUAAAUCGAGUAAAACCAGAACAUUAUCAACAAUUUUUGCCAUGUUUUAAUUUACAGUAUUUCGUAUAUGAAAAUCAAGAAUGGGGUAAUAAAUUACCUGGAGAAGAGUUAUUCAAUGAAAUUAUUCAAACAAACUGUAAACGCUAUGAACCCAAAGAAAUAAAAGUCUCAUUAAAAGCAUAUUUAAAUAAAAAAUCCAACAGUGGUCAAUUAAUUAUAUUAAUUCAACCAACAAAAAAAUCGUGGGAUGAAUGUCAACGUGGAGAUUGGCGAUAUAGACAAAUUAUAUCAGCUUGGUUGCAAUGUACGCGAUUAGCAGUCGAUGUAUUUCUUUCUCCAGGUACGGACUUAAUCUUAACUGUAUGGGUUACUGAAUUAAUGACUGGUACGCCUGUUAAUCAAGCAACUGUUUCAGCAUUUGAUAAAAAACAAGAAACAAAUCAACAAGGGUUAUGCACAAUUCGAAAGUUCAACACACAGGACAAUGAAGGAGGAAUAUUAGUUGUAGAAAAAGAUGAGGAUACAUGUAUGGUAGUAGAUAUUUAUAGUAAUAAAUCAGAUCUUAAUGCUUAUGUAUGGCACGUAUUUAAUGAUCGAGAUUUAUAUAAACCAAAUGAAGAGGUACAUAUAAAAGGUUAUGUUAGAUUAUUGAAAGUAGAAAGUGAAGCAAAAUCACCACAUUAUGCACAAGGUACAAUUGAUUAUACAAUUAAUGAUCCUCUUGGUCAAGAACUUGAAAAAUCAAAAGUGAGAUUGAAUAAUUAUGGUGCAUUUGACAUAAAAUUUAAAUUGCCUGAUAAUGCUAACUUAGGUGAGGGCGCCAUACAUUUCAGUUUACCAGAUUUAGCCACUAGUACAAUGCAUUUCAAAGUUCAAGAAUUUCGAAAACCAGAAUAUGAAGUUUCAUCAAUGCAUCGACCAACAACACCACAUUAUUGCCAUUCAACAAUUGAUGAAUAUGUUAUAGCUACUUGUCAAGGAAAAUUAUUUGCUGGUGGUUAUUUAAAUGAUGCAAAUGUUGAGUGGAUAGUUAAACCUGAAACAACACAAUUUACACCACCAAAACGAUCUGACUAUACAUUUGGCAGAGCUCAGCAAUUCUUUUGGCAAUAUCGUUAUAAUAAUUCGUCGCAAAAUGAAAAAGAAAUAUCAUAUCCAGUAAAAUAUUUUCAGGGUAAAAUAAACAAUAAAGGUUUACAUGAAAUUAAAAUUAAUUAUCAUGGUAUAGAACAAGAACCCAGAACAAUAUUUGUUCGUGCAAUAGCAGCCAUUACUGAUUUAAAUUAUCAAACACAAGAAACACAAACACAGUUUAUUAUACAUCCAUGUACAUAUUAUGUGGGAUUUAAAUUAAUAACAAAUUAUGGCAAGAAAAAUAAACCUGUACAAACAAAAGUCAUUGUAACAGAUAUUGACGGAAAUUUAAUUGGUAAUAUUUUGGUUGAAUGUAAAGUAAUUGGAAUUGGUAAUGAAAAAAAAGAAGAUGAGAAUGGUUUAGUAGUAUCUGAACAAGUAAAAGAUGAGCAAACAUUAGCCAUUGUUAGUUCAAAUAAAGGGGCAGUCAAUAUUGAAUUUACACCAAAAUUAGGGGGUAGUUAUAAUAUAUCAUACAGUGUCAAAGAUGAAAAAUGUCGAUUAGCUAUGAGUUUCUAUGACAACUAUUAUGUUUCUGGUGGCUGUGAAAACGAAAUAGAAAAACAAAAGGUUGAUUUUAUCCCAACCGGUACAUUAACAAUUAUUCCGAAUGAAACAAAACAUUAUCAACCAGAUGACAUAUGUGAAUUAUUAAUACUAGCACCAUUUAGUCCUGCUAGUGGUUUAGUUAUAUUAGAUUGUGGUGGUCAAGUGUCACAACCAAUACAAUUUCAAAUAGAAUCCGGUAAAGAUUCAACAACUGUUGAAUUUAGAAUAUCAAAAGACUGGAUACCAGGAUUUACAGUUCAUGCUGAAUUAACCGGUGCGAUUCCAAGAGAAAUAGAAGUAAAUGAUUCACAGCAUUGCCCAGCAAUCGCUGCUGGUUCAGUAUCAUUAAAAGUAUCAAGAGAUAUUUAUAAACUGAAUGUUUUGAUUAAUACAAAAGAAACAGAUGAAACGUUUACACCAUCAUCUAUUAUUCAUGUGGGUGUUGAUGUUACACAACAUGUGAAUAAUACAGCCGUGGACAACGUAGAAGUGUGUUUAAUUAUUGUUGACGAAGCAAUUUUAUCAUUAACUGGUCAUACGCUAUUGAGUCCAUUAGAUAUAUUUUAUCCUGAUCGAUCGACAAAUAUUACACCAUACCAUAGCAGAAAACGUUGUUUACUGUUUAAUACGCAAGAUAUAGAAAAAUUUGAGAAAGAUAUGCAACGAAGACAAGCGCAGUUUGGCUUGCCACACGCUGCAACGCAAUAUUCGGCGAGAUUUACUUGCGCGUCAUCAACUCUUGGUUCUAAACAUGGAGCCGUAGGUGCUGGUGAAGCACAAACGAUAGCUGUUCGAUCGAACUUCAAUCCAUUAGCAUGUUGGAUUCCAUCAGCAAUCACCAAUUCAUCAGGACAUGUUACAUUUGAAGUUAAGUUACCUCAUAAUGUAACACGCUAUCGUGUAUGGGCAUUAGCAGCUAAUGAUAAACAAUAUGGCUUAGGGGAAACAGCAUUUACUGUACAAUUACCUAUCAUGGCUCAACCAUCACCACCAAGAUUUCUUAAUUAUGGUGAUAUAGCUCAUUUUUCAGUUAUUUUACAAAAUCAAACUGAUCAAUCAUUACCACUACAUGUUGGUUUAAGAGCAAGUAAUGCUAAAUUAUUAACAUCUGAAACAAGUCAACAAGGAAUCGGUUAUUCAAUUGUAAUAACUGCAAGUAAACGAGUUGUUGUUACAUUUCCAGUUUCAACAAUCCAUUCUGGUAUAGCCCGAUUUCAGUUUGUAAUUAGUACUGACAAUAAUAAAACAUCGGUAUCAUUUGGAGAUGCAAUCGAACUAAGUUUACCUGUAUUUACACCAGCAACAUCUGAAGCAUUUGCAACAUAUGGCGAUGUAGGUGGUGCAGAAGUGAUUUUACAACCAAUAAAGACACCAAAAGAUGUUAUUCCACAAUUUGGUGAAUUAUCAAUAUCAACAAGUUCAACAGCAUUAGCAUCAUUAACAGAUGCAAUUGUUUCAUUAUAUACAUAUCCAUAUGAAUGUACAGAACAAAUUAGUUCUAGAUUAUUAGGUAUACAAACAUUAUGGGAUGUUUUACAAGCAUUUCAUUGGAAAGAUUUACCUGAAGUUUCAGCAUUGAAAACUAAAUUAGAAUCAGAUAUGAAUGCACUAAAAUAUCGUCAGUAUCCGAAUGGUGGAUUUAGUUAUUGGACAAAUCGAAAUAAUUCUUAUGCUGAUCCAUACAUAAGUGUGCAUGUUGCACAUUGUUUAGCUGUUGUUAUGAAUGCAAAGGUGCUGGAUGUUAAUGGAAACAUGUUAAGUAAUGUGUUAAAAUAUGUUGAAAAUAUCGAAUCUGAAAUUGAUCAAUUACCAUUUAGUAAAUAUUGGUCUGAAAUAACUCGAUAUAGUUUAAUGAGUUAUGCAUUAUAUGUUAGAGCAAAACAUUUUAGAAAUGUGGCUGAAGAAGCUUCAGAAUUCUUUAAACGGAGUGGAUUUGAUAAACUCAGUUUAGAAGCAUUAGGAUGGUUAUUAGUAGCAUUAUCCAGUGGUGAAAAUAAUAAUAAAGACCAAACAGUUGAAAUAAUAUACAAACAUCUCAAAGAUAAAGUAAGUGAAACAGGUGAAACAGCUAAUUUUAUUACAUCAUAUGGUGAUGAUGGUCAAUCUGUCAUGUUACAUUCAAAUCAACGAACAGAUGCUAUAUUAUUAGAAUCAUUAUUAUGUAUUGAUCCAAAGUCAAGUUUAUGUACAAAAUUAUGUAAAGGUUUACAAGCACAUACAGUGAAAGGUGCAUGGAAAUCAACACAAGAAAAUUGUUUUGUAUUAAUUGCAUUAGAUAAAUAUUUUCACAUGAAAGAAAAGGAUAUACCAGAAUUUGUUGCAAAUAUUUGGCUUGAUAAUGAUUAUUGUGGUCAACAUCAAUAUAAAGGUAAGGACACAUCAAAGGAUAAUCAGAAGUUGUUACUAAUAUUUUAA